AUGGCUAGGGCUCGAAGUAGGGUUCCUAAUGUUCUAUUGGUGACUUCAGUUUGGUCGUCUGUUUGGGGAUGGCUAGAGGGGCAGCAGUUUACUGUAGUAAUUCCCAAAGGGAGUCCUAUUCCUUGUUUAAAGGUUGUAACAAUCCUCCGGUCAGGUACAUUUACUGUUGAUGUGCAGUAUGCUGAUGUUAGUGAGCUGCAGGCCCCAGCAAAGAUCAGCUCCUAUACGAUUGGCCCUUUCCAAUCAAUUGGUGGUGAUCGCGCUAAACUUAAGGUUAAAGUGCGGUUAAACCUGCAUGGAAUUGUGGCUAUUGAAUCAGCAACGGAAAGUAUUGCAGCUGAAUUCAUUGAUAGGCUUGUAAAGUGGACCAAAACAUUAAGAUAUCUGAUCCAUUUGAGGAAGGCUGUCGACUUGGCCCUGUUAUUGGUAAGGGGCAAUUUGCUUCAGUACGAUAAAAUUAUGAAGUUCAUAUCAAUAGCAAAGAGUGAGGGGGCAACUAUCUUGUGUGGAGGUUCCCGCCCUGAGAAUUUGAAGAAAGGGUAUUUCAUCGAACCAACUAUUAUAAGUGAUAUCUCCACGUCCAUGCAAAUAUGGAGGGGAGAAUUUUUUGUCCCUGUCUUAUGUGUUAAAACAUUUAGUUCUGAAGAUGAAGCUCUUGAAUUGGCAAAUGAUACAGAGAGUAUGGUUUAGCUUCUAUUGUGUUUUCAAAAGACCUUGAAAUAUGUGAAAGGGUAUCGAAGCUUUUGGAAUCUGGAGCUGUGUAGGGUAAUUGCUCACAACCAUGCUUUGUUCAUGCUCCAUGGGGAGGCAUCAAGCGUAGUGGUUUUGGACGUGAGCUUGGGGAAUGGUGUUCCAUUUUCCCAGCAACUUAUUGUGACUGAAAGAGCUUGGUGUGCAUGGUGUGAUUACUUUAAUUGAGUUUGGUGCACACUUUUUCAGUCUACUAAUUAGAUAUAGGAUUCUUGCUCAUGUAUCUAUAUUGAUGUAACUUUCUUGAUGCAAAUAAAUGAUCUCUGUUUAUGAAAAAUAAUGUGAUGUUUGUCCUUUUCUCUUUGUUCGAA